UCCGCCCAGUCCUACCCCAGCUUCAGGAGGAGUUGGAGCAGCCUGGCCCCAGGCCUGGGCCUUAUCACGUGAGCUGGUCCCAACCCCUGCUCAUGUCUGUUGUCAUGGAAAUGACCCUGCUUCUCCUCUUCUUUGGGGGUCUGUGGGCCCAGAAGGUGGACACAGAGUCUCCGGAGAUGUCUACACCCAGACAGACCUCUUUUUCUUUGGUCUCAAACAUCUCUGAGGCCUCAAACCUUGAUUCAGUGGCCUCCGAUCAGGCAAUAACAAGGGUCCCUGAGGAAAAUGGCGGUACUGGGCACCAGGUCUCCCUGCCUUCCUCAACUCCAUACGAAGUGUCCUCUCCUGAGACGUCCAUGGCUGCCAGCGUUGGCCUCUUUAUAGCUGAUCCAAUAGCCACCCAAGAAGUUCACACCAGGAAGUUAUCAAUGUUCCAGGAAAGCUCCACUGCAACCAGUGAUCCUACUGUCCCAGCAAUGACUACUCUGGGACUUCACACUACGGCUGGUGAAACCAUGGCAACUAGCUCUCUGGAGACCUCCAGUGGGACAUUGACAAGUAAAUCUCCUGUCACCAUGGCAACCAGCUCUCUGGAGCCCUCCAGUGGGACCAGUGGACUCCCUGUCACCAUGACAACUAGCUCUUUGGAGACCUCUGAUGUGACCAGUGGACCCCCUAUCACCAUAGCAACUAGCUCUCUGGAGACCUCCAAUGGGACCAGUGGACGCCCUGUCACCAUGGCAACCAGCUCUCUGAAGACUCCCAAGGAGACCAGUGGCUCGCCCAUCUUUGGGGUAAACAUACUCAUGACUACCCCAGGCAUCUCCACAAACAAAGGCAGUGGGCCUUCCCAAAGUUCAGAUCAGAAGACAAGUAACACCCUGGUGGUGGCUGUGCUUGUGGCCCUGCUGGUGGUCAUUAUUCUCCUGGCACUCGUCCUACUGUGGCGCCGGCGGCAGAAGCGGAGGACGGGGGCUCUGACGCUAAACAGAGGUGGGAAGCACAAUGGGGUGGUUGAUGCCUGGGCUGGGCCCGCCCGAGUGUCUGAUGAAGAGGCUGUGAUAACAGCAGCAGGAGUGUCUGGUGGUGACAAGGGCUCUGGGGUCCCAGAAGGGGAGGGUUCUGGCCGUCGGCCCACACUCACCACUUUCUUUGGUAGACGGAAGUCUCGCCAGGGCUCCUUGGCGCUGGAGGAGCUAAAGGCCGAGUCAGCCGCCAGCCUGAAGGGGGAGGAAGAGCCACUGGUGGGCAGUGAGGAUGAGGCUGUGGAGGCCCCCGCUUCUGACGGGCCGGUAGCGGGAGAUGUGGAGGUCCCUUAGUGCUUGUGAAUAACAAGUCUGGAGGUCAGAAUCAUUCCUAGCUUUCGGCACCCUCCUAUCAUCGCUUCCCUCCUCAUCAGCACCCAGCGUUCGCACCCAGCAUCUUCACUCUGAAUCCUCAUCUAGCUUCUUAACCCUGGACUUUCCAGCUCCGCACCCAACACCAGCACCUCCACCCAGCGCCCCAACCCAGCAGGAGGCCAGGGCCUGCACCCACAGAAGGCUCAGAGACUGAAUGAAUGAACUUCCUCACCAGCCCUACUUCUCUCCAUCGCCUGUCCUCCACGUUUUGUCUUUGAAACCAGAUGCUGAGUCUCUAUGAUGCCAAUUUCCUUGGCCUAUGAUUGCUCAGAGGGUUCCCCAGGGACACCAGAGUCUGGGAAGAAGGAAAUGACAAGCCAGAAACUUCCGUCUAGGAUUACUCCGUAAAGCACAUUUGGCCCGUAGAUUAGGACAGCCACUGGGUGGACCCACGAAACUCCUUUAACUCGGGGCCACAGUGCUCUGCGGGGCCAGCCUGAAGCGGUGCCAUCUAGCUGUGCUCUCAGGUGUGCCUGGUGCACACCUGGCCUCGAGGCUGGCCCCGGGCUCAAGCCACCACUCCCUCCCUCACUAUGGACCAUGGACCGAGGCAGCCAAAGGCUUCAGCUAUGCCUCCUCCCGCCGGCAGAGGUGAGAAGAGCUCUGGGCGGGUGGAGUCCUCGGAAGCCCCAGCACCCAUGUGGGUCCACUCAUGGGUGUGGUUUGUGUGCAGGAGGCAAGGAUGCGGUGGUUGUGGAGGGCAGUGGUGCGUGCAGAGGGCGUGAGGGCGGGGCAGGAAGGGUUUCGGGGCUGAAGACAUGCCAGCUGCUGAGAACAUCUGCACCCUCCUCUCUGCUCAGAUGGGGUGGAGGUAGGAAAAGGCCAGGGAAAGAAUGCUGGGCUUGAUGGGAAGACGGCCCGUGUGACCCCAGCCCGGUUCUGCAGCCCAGCUGCUCGGCCCCCUCACAGCCUCCCCUGCACGGGAGCCAGGGGAGAGGAGCCCUGGGAGCGGGUCCUGGUGACGCUCUGCUGUCACAUGUGUAAUGUGUUUGUCUGUUGCAAGCUCCUGCCCUUCUCCAAUGCGAGUCCGUGAGAGCCAGCUAAAGAGGAUGUGCCACGCUGGCAGCACCAGGGGCUUCCCCUGUGGCUCUGGGACAGGCAGGAGGCGACAGGACCCAACUGGCUGUCCCUGAGAGCAGCCCAGGCCAGCGCCCAGGGAGCCGCAUGGCCCAGAGGCGGUUGGUAUUUCCCCAGGGCAAAGAGGAAAUUUGCAAAGAGGAAGUUGUUGAGUCACUGGGGGCCAGUGGCUGAGAGCAGACAGAUUGACCUACAAAACGAGGGCGGAGUAACAGGGGGUCACCAUGGGACAGAUGGGGAAAGGGCCCUGGCGGUCAGGUCAUGAGGUGGGGGAGAGAGGGGCACAGAGGGGCUGGGGCGGAAAUCCGGCCUUCACCGUGCAGACUGCGCCCACGAGGCUGUGUCUGGCACCUUUUCCUACUUCUCACAAGCGCUGUUUGGGCUGCCGGUAGCCCCACGGCAGCAGAAGUGAGUUCCCAAAGUCCCGUAGGGAUUCUGUAGCUGUUGUCUUCGAUUUAUCAAACCAAGUCCCCGAUCUCAGAAAAUCUUGUCCCUGAACUCAGAGGCCAGCCCCUCCACCUGCUCGCGCAGCACGGCCGACUAGCUUCCUCGCUCCCAAGCUCCAAGGGCCCCCCUUUACCUCUGCAGGUUGCUUCCGAAGCCCACUGCCCCCAGGAAUUACUUUUCCUACCUCUGUGACUUACCCAGUAAGUGUUCUCUGACAGUUUGGGUCUGGAUUCUGAAUUCUUUCCCAGCCACAACCCAAGUACCAAGGUGGCUGAAACCCAGGUUUGGUCUGCACCCACUGGUCAGACACCUGGUGCCAGUCCGCUGCCCACCACAUCUUCACCUUCACAGAAACCCACUCCUGUGAGCCCGAUUCAGAACUCGGCCACCUUUCCUGGCUGCCUCAGAGAGCUCAUGACUAGUUUGGACAUUUGUGUCCACACCUUCAGCAUCUUAACUUGAACUUUGGAUAGUGACAGUAAAACUUUAGUAUCUACAUGCCAUGAGGGCCCUAGCCGGUUUGGUUCAGUGGAUAGAGCAUCAGCCUGCGGACUGAACAGUC